UUGCCCCGGGUUGGCCAGGUUUCACAUUGUGCGUUUUCUCUGCUGAAGCCCUGCCGCCAGCGCACAAGCACCUCGGCGCCUAGCAUAGGGGAUGGAAGGGCUGACAAAAUGUCGAGGCUGUCUGUGCGAUCCUUAUUUCAAGAUUUCCUGCAUCCAUCAACUGCCACUGUCACUGUGCUGAAACAGGUUUAAUAAGAAGGUGAUUGGGGAAAGAGUCAAGGCAAUCAAGGCAGGCUCUGCACCGCCAAGACCCCACUACAUAGGAGGGAAGGCUAUCCCGCCUCCCUCUAUUGCCUCACUCUCUCUCAUUCAUUUUUCGAAGCUGCAGCACCGAGCAGGACCCACGCAAUUGCUGUUCUCCAGGGUUCACAGGCGAGGAAGGGACACUAAGGAGUGGGCGUUGUAAGAUCGCAGACGACAGCCCUUACUUGAUGAGGCUCGAGAGAGGUCGGUUCAUAAGCGACCUUUAAAAACUAUAUGAAAAUCCGUUCUCAAGAAGACUUGAUCCUCCUCUGUAAUGGAAAAAUAUGAAAAAAUUGGAAAGAUUGGAGAAGGCUCCUAUGGGGUAGUGUUCAAGUGCAGAAACAGGGACACGGGUCAGAUCGUGGCCAUCAAGAGGUUUCUGGAAACUGAAGAUGACCCUGUCAUAAAGAAAAUCGCCCUUCGAGAAAUCCGCAUGCUCAAGCAACUCAAGCAUCCCAACCUAGUCAACCUCCUGGAAGUCUUCCGGAGGAAGCGGAGGCUUCACCUGGUGUUCGAGUACUGCGACCACACGGUGCUUCAUGAGCUGGAUCGGUAUCAGAGGGGGGUACCAGAGCCUCUCGUGAAGAACAUAACUUGGCAGACACUGCAGGCUGUAAAUUUCUGCCAUAAACAUAACUGCAUACACAGAGACGUGAAGCCGGAAAAUAUUCUCAUCACCAAACAGUCAGUCAUUAAGCUCUGUGACUUUGGGUUCGCACGGCUUCUCACUGGACCAGGUGACUACUACACAGACUACGUGGCCACCCGGUGGUACCGCUCACCCGAGCUGCUAGUGGGAGACACACAGUAUGGUCCCCCGGUAGAUGUCUGGGCAAUUGGCUGUGUGUUUGCUGAGUUGCUGUCUGGAGUGCCUCUAUGGCCAGGAAAAUCUGACGUGGAUCAGCUCUAUCUGAUACGGAAAACCCUGGGGGAUCUCAUUCCCAGGCACCAGCAAGUAUUUAGCAUGAAUCAAUACUUCAGUGGGGUGAAAAUUCCAGACCCUGAAGACAUGGAAGCACUUGAGUUGAAGUUUCCAAACAUCUCCUACUCUGCACUGGGCUUCUUAAAGGGCUGCCUCCACAUGGAUCCUGCUGAGAGGCUGACAUGCGAACAGCUGUUGCAGCAUCCAUAUUUUGACAGCAUUCGAGAAGUUGGGGAGUUGAGGAGACAACAUGACAAGCCAGCGAGGAAGACUCUGAGGCAGAGUAGAAAGCACUUGACGGGGGUAAAACUGCCUUACAGAAACAUCCAAGCUUACAGUUUCUAAUGAUCUCAUACCUGU